AAAAAGGAUAAAGGAUCGUCACUAGGGUUUCCGCAGCACAGGCGUCAAAACAAACACCAAAUCCCGUACCAACAGCCAUGGUUCUCAAGACAGAACUCUGCCGUUUCAGUGGGGCAAAGAUAUACCCUGGGAAGGGAAUUAGAUUUGUUCGCUCAGAUUCUCAGGUCUUUCUCUUUGCAAAUUCAAAAUGCAAGAGAUAUUUCCACAACCGUCUGAAGCCUUCCAAACUCACCUGGACAGCUAUGUACAGGAAACAACAUAAGAAGGAUAUAGCCCAAGAGGCUGUGAAAAAGAGGAGACGUGCCACAAAGAAACCUUACUCGAGGUCAAUUGUUGGUGCAACUUUGGAGGUUAUUCAAAAGAGAAGAACUGAAAAGGCAGAAGUACGAGAUGCUGCCAGGGAGGCUGCUCUUCGUGAAAUCAAGGAAAGGAUCAAGAAGACAAAAGACGAAAAGAAAGCAAAGAAAGCAGAGGUGAUGGCUAAGUCUCAAAAGGCUGGAGGCAAGGGGAAUGUGCCCAAGGGUGCCACUGCACCUAAAGGUCCUAAGCUUGGAGGUGGUGGUGGAAAGCGUUAAAAGCUGAGAUCUGUUGUUUUGUUGCAACAUCAUAGUAGAAAUUGCUUAUGUGAUUUCCUUUAUAUAGUACUGCUGGGUUCAGUUGACUCCGUACAACUGUUUGUUCUAAACCAUUUUUGAAUAUCUAUUUUUGUUAUCGAAUAUGCGUAUUGUAUCACUAAGAUGACCGGUGAACUUUUCCUUGUGCUCACGACGAUUUAUUCAGGUAGUUGCAUUCACCCGUCCUAUUGAUGCAAAAUGAAAUGUCUGAAAUUGAAAACCCAUGUGUCCUUUGGUGGAUGCUUAAACUGAUGGGCAAAAAUCUUCA